UCGAGUGACUCUGUACCACCAAAAAGAACUCUACGACAAGGUCUCUUACUACACACACAUUGUUCGUGUUUAACUCACGUACUCUGCAUCUUGAACUCCUCUGUAUUUGCCGAGGAAGUAAAUUACACGUUGUACCCGCGAAAACACAUACCUCAUUCGUCGGUGAAAUCAACCAUCACGAAAGCUGUUGCCGCCACGGUGAGAAAUUGACCAACGCCAGGAAUAAGAGUAAGAAAAAAAAACAAAACAAAAACAACUGAAGAAGGAACAGUAUAGCCGAAAAGGAGAGGAGAAUCGACGGUGUUUGCAGCGUACCUGGACGAGGAGGAACAAGCCGGAAGAUAUAUAAGAGGCGCUGGCAUCCAUUUUGGGAAGAACGUCUGGGUGAUUACACCACACGAGCGAAAUAUUCACAGAAGGGUGCUUUUAAAUGGAUAAAUUGCUUCAACAUGUACUUUCACUUGUGGUCGUAUAACAAAAAGAUAUUUUUGUUUUCAUAUCAAAAGUAUACACAUUAGUACUUAUUGAUAAGCUCUGGAGAAGGGGACACAGUAAAUAUACUUUUAAGAUAAGCCGAAGGAAGGAAAAAUAACCUUGAAAUGUUCUUUUUUCUAUCUAAUCUCAAAUAAACUCCACCUUAGAGGAAUGAAAAUAUUUUGAUAUCACGAAUCAACAAACACACGCGAUAAAGCAAUAGAGCCGGAAAUCGACUCACAAAAUUUCUCGCAAACCGCACUCUCUCCUUUGUUAUUUUGUCAGUGGUGUAUGACGCGAAUGAUUAAUCAUAUUCAGCAUUGGUAAAACCCUAAAAAAUAAUGAUAAUAAAUAAAUGAAUAAAUAAUCGCAUGUAGUGACACGUAUGUAACUGGACUGGUUGAUCUUUAUGGACACUGACGACAGAAAUUCUCCAGAAAACCACUGAACAGUUCGCAGGAAAUGUAAUAAGACUCAACACCCGCACGUCGGCCUCUUCUACCUACACAAACGUAGUUACCCGUCUAAAAAGAACGGAGAAAACUGUAAACUUAGUUCUGUUCAUUGGGAGUAAGACGUUUUAAAAAAACAGAGAAAAAAAAAGAAAAGACAUACUAGCCAUUUCCCACAACUUCAGCACACACCCAGACAAAAGAGAACAAAGUGGUCCUUGAACGCCCAGAGAUAAAGUUCUUGAUACCAUCAGGAGAGAACCCGAAAUGGUCUUCGCUGAAGCUGAUUAAGAACUCCAGUGAAGACAGCAGUGAUUUACAGAUUUACGUAAAUAGGCUGCGGUUCCGAGACGACUGGACAGCGCGAAAUCUGAGGGAGAUCGAGACGUGUUAUAUCAUCUGGUACACUUCAGGUCUGGAAUAGGUGUUAGAUUUGUACCUUCCUGCCUGCAGCUCACAAGACAACGGUGACCAUGGGUCGUCAGAGGCUACAGACUUUGCUGACUCGAGCUCUACUGUGUUCUGCACUUCUCUCUUUGCCAGGGUCAGCUUGGGCGAGGAAGAGGCUUCCCCGUCACGUGGUUCCUGAGCCGACAGACCCGGGGCCGACGCUGCCUCCCGUGUUCGACCCACUCAUGCCCACCAACGUCACAGUUACAGCUACCAAGACGGCCGUUCUCGCCUGCGUGGUUCACAACCUUGGUAGCAAUACGGUGUCCUGGAUACGCCAUCGCGACCUGCACAUCCUCUCCGUAGGCCCUGUGACCUACACGACCGACAACCGCUUCGAGGCAAUCCCUGAGGAAGGAGCUGGUAACUGGAUGCUGCGUCUGCGAUAUGCUAGCCCUCGAGACUCCGGACAGUACGAUUGCCAGGUCUCCUCCCGGCCGCCCACAUACCGCACCGUACACCUUACUGUCGUAGAACCCCAGGCCAAGAUUCUCCGCGCCCCAGAGAUGCAUGUAGGUGUAGGGUCACCUAUCAACCUCACCUGUGUUGUCCCAUACGCACCUGAACCACCAGAUUACCUCCACUGGUAUCAUAAGGAUAAGAUGGUUUGGGAGGACGGGGAACGUGUGAGGAUUAGGACACAGCUGGGUCGCCGUAGCAUCAGCCAGCUGUUGGUGAAGAACGCCAACGCUCAGGACUCCGGCGUGUACACCUGCCAACCCGCCUACUCACGGGAACACUCUAUCACUGUUCAUGUACUUACAGGGGAAUACCCGGCGCCCAUGCAGGGUGGGUCAUCCGUGACCUUUGCUGGACGUCGCUACUGGGCCUGGCUGACCUCUGCCCUCGUCGCUACCGCCGUCUCUACCCAUCUCUUAUCGUAUUUUUAUAUGUAAAUAACAG